CCACUCUCCCACCACCACCCAAAAACCUUCUCUUUUGGUUUUGUUUCUCAGAAUAUAGAUAAAAACUACUUUCUGAGGGUGAGUGAGAACUAAAGAGAUCAGCUUUGAACACAACAAUGGCAGCCUCCCUGCAAGCAGCGGCUACACUAAUGCAACCCGCCAAGGUGGGUGUGUCUUCUAGGAGCAGUCUACAGCUGAGGUCUUCACAGAGUGUUUCCAAGUCCUUUGGCGUGGAACCAGUUGCAGCCAGGCUCACCUGCUCUCUCCAAGCUGAUUUCAAGGACUUGGCUCUCAAAUGUGUCGACGCUACCAAGAUUGCUGGCUUUGCUCUAGCUACUUCUGCUCUCGUUGUCUCGGGAGCAAGUGCUGAAGGAGUUCCAAAGAGACUAACCUACGACGAAAUUCAAAGCAAGACAUACAUGGAGGUAAAGGGAACUGGGACAGCCAACCAGUGCCCAACCAUUGAUGGCGGAAUCGAUAAAUUCGCAUUCAAGCCUGGAAACUACAAUGCCAAGAAGUUUUGCCUGGAACCAACUUCAUUCACUGUCAAAGCCGAGGGCGUGAACAAGAAUUCCCCACCUGAGUUCCAAAACACCAAGCUCAUGACCCGCUUAACCUACACCCUGGACGAAAUCGAGGGACCUUUCGAGGUGUCCCCCGACGGCACCAUCAAGUUUGUGGAAAAAGAUGGCAUUGACUACGCAGCCGUGACUGUUCAGCUGCCUGGAGGCGAGAGGGUGCCAUUCCUUUUCACCAUCAAACAGUUGGUGGCAUCAGGGAAACCAGAGAGCUUUAGCGGAGAGUUUUUGGUGCCAUCUUACCGAGGCUCCUCGUUCUUGGACCCAAAGGGCAGGGGUGGCUCAACUGGCUAUGACAAUGCAGUUGCAUUGCCUGCUGGAGGUAGGGGAGACGAGGAGGAACUUGUGAAGGAGAACGUCAAGAAUACCUCUUCAUCAACAGGCAAAAUCACCCUGAGUGUCACCAAGAGCAAGCCUGAGACUGGGGAAGUGAUUGGAGUGUUCGAGAGCGUCCAGCCUUCAGACACUGAUUUGGGAGCAAAGACUCCAAAGGAUGUGAAGAUCCAGGGAAUAUGGUAUGCUCAGCUUGAUUGAUCAUAGGCCUUUUUUUUCCUUUUUUUUUUUUUUUGCUCUUUUUUCUUUUAAAAAACACGAUCGUUUUCACUGUCGAUUCAGAUUUUGUUGUUGUAAGUUGAAGGUAUUGCUAAACUAAAUUCCCUGUUUGACAAAAAUGGAGAAGCAGCACUGAGAUUUCGAUCCA